AUGGCUGCACCACCAUCGAGAGUACCCUGGUCGCGACUCAUACGGUUUAUCAGCGCAGAGGAUGACCAGAUCUACUUUGGUGAUGCCAUUGUGCCCGACGACGCUGACUUCGAUAUCGGGGACCCAGCCAACCAUGCGUCGUUGACCGCAAAGGUCGUCACCGGCGACCCGUUGCUGCCGACAUGCCAGGUCACUGAUCGGGUGCUGCACGUCAAGAAACUGCUGGGCCCGUUGACAUACAAGAUGGUCCCUUGCAUUCGAUGUAUUGGUGGGAACUACGUUAGCCACUUACGAGAGCUGGGGAUCGAGCCACCCAACUAUCCUGCCAUGUUCUCCAAGACAUCCAACGCCCUCGCGGGGUACGGAGACGACGUUGAACUCGCCACGAUCAUUCAGGACGGCCAGGCCGACUACGAGGGCGAGCUGGCGUUUAUCAUCGCUAAAGACGGGAAGAACAUCUCCCAGGAAGACGCCAUGGACUAUGUGCUUGGAUACACGAGUGCCAACGACGUCUCUGCAAGGAAAUGGCAAAUGGAUCCCGACCUCGUGGGCACAUUCCCUCCGCCACAGAUGACCUAUGGCAAGAGCUUCGACGGCUUCUGUCCUGUCGGACCCUGCAUCGUGUCUGCAGAUGUUCUGAAGGAUCCGCACACCCUCGCCCUGCGCACCAAGGUCAACGGCGAGCUGCGCCAGCAGAGCAACACGUCGGAGCUGCACUUCAAGAUCCCGGCCCUGAUCGAGUUCCUGAGCCGCGGCUCCACGCUGCACGCCGGCAGCAUCGUGCUCACGGGCACGCCCGGCGGCGUGGGUUUCACCAUGAAGCCGCCCCGGUACCUCAAGGACGGCGAUACGGUGGAGAUUUACUUUGACCAGGUCGGCACGCUCAGGCAUGGGAUCACGCAUGCGAAGUAG